GCCAGUGCUUUCUUUCGCUGGCGCAGUAAUGGCAAUAAAGACGCUUCUUGUUACGCAUUGAUAAUCGCCAUAUUUGCUGAAUAUAGAGCAUGAAAUACCAUUCAACUCCUCUGAUUAGAUUCGAUUCCAUUAUUUAUACAAUGGUGCGUAUAUAAUCACCGAACAUGGUUCAGAAGAAGGCGCCGCACAACCACAGUCCGCUGGAGGCUCCGUCGGCCCGCUCCUCGGCCUCUCGGCUCUCCUCCCUGGAGAACCGCAAGAAAGGGGGUCUGGAGGGCAGUCUGGACGCCACUGGAGCCACCGGAGACAUGCUUAACCAGCACAUCUCUCAGCAGCUGUUUGUGGGAGACAUCGGGCCAGAGCGGAAAACGUCCAACCUCCGACGACUCAGGUCAGUGAUCCCGGGCGGGGAGGCGGCCGCGGCCAAGCGGGCCCAGCAGCUGGCCACCCACACGCCAGACGUACUGAUCGCCGACCAGGAUACGCAGAUGCCGCACAGAAAGGACACCAACGCCAUCACCUUCUUUGUCGACGUCUCCGGUUUUACCGCUCUGACGGAGAAAUACACUCUGAGCGGGCGCGGCGGCACCGACAAACUCACCGAGACGCUCAACAGCUACAUCGGAGCCCUGGUAGAGUGUAUCCUGCGCCGGGACGGUGAUGUGCUGCAGUUCGCAGGUGACGCCAUUCUGGCCAUGUGGGCGUGUAAUUCGGAGGCCGAGAUGCCUGCAAAACUGGAGGAGGCCACCGCCUGCGCGGUCCAUAUCCAGGAACACUACGGAAUCCGGACCACAGACGUCGGCGUCCGGCUCAAAGUGAAGGUCGGUAUCGCCUGCGGUGAGGUCACCAUGUUUUUCAUCGGCCUGCGCAGCUGCAGUCAGUUUGUCAUUGUCGGCUCGGCCGUGGACGACGUCAACGCCAGCGAGAACCAGUGCGAGUCAGGAGACGUGGUCGUCUCGCCGAUGGCCUGGGCCAUGAUGAAGGCAUCCACCUGCUACGACGCCGAUCCGCGAGGGAACACUGGGUUCAUGAAGGUGAGACACGCAGUUCGAGACGACAGUGACCGAGACAGCAAGGAGGCCAUCGACCUGGCCUCGGUUCGACAGUCCAUCGCCGUUCCUAGCUCCAUGGAGGCCAAACUGACGCCAUACGUCAUCCCGCCCGUGCUGAAAAAGCUAGCGGACGACCAGCCGCUCGAAUACCUCUCCGAGAUGCGCCAGGUCUCUAUCGUAUUCUGCCAGCUCGCCACGGACGGGGUGUCGUCCGAACUGCCCUCCAUCCUGCAGGAUGCCUUCGUGGUCAUGCACAAAAAGAUAACGGCGGUAAGCGGCUGCCUGAACAAGGUGUUUGCCUUCGACAAAGGCAUCACGUUCUUGGUCAUAUUCGGCCUGCCCGGCUUCAAGCACAAGAACGAGGUGGCGCACGCGCUGCAGUGCGCGGACGCUAUCUCCCAGGAGCUGCUGAAGGAGGUCACCGGCAUCAACCGCGUCUCCAUCGGCGUCACCACAGGGCCGACGUUCUGCGGUGUGAUUGGUCACCCGGCUCGACACGAGUACACGGUGAUUGGACGAACCGUCAAUAAGGCAGCUCGACUCAUGACCAACUACCCGGGCGUUGUCUCCUGCGACGAGGACAGCUACUACCACUCCCACCUGCCGAUACAGCAGUUCAAGAAGCUGGAACCGAAGCCGCUGAAGGGAAUACCGAACCCGGGAAACAUCUACCACUUUGUUCCAUCUGACGGAGAGUUGGGACAAAGGCUACCCCAAUACAAGUACCCGCUAUUGGGCAGAAAAGAAGAGAUCAAAGACUUCACCGAAAAAGUCAAAAACAUCAAGGAGACGGACGUCCGUAUAAUCGUGUUUGAGGGAGAGUCGGGGAUUGGCAAAAGUCGACUGCUGGACGCCCUCGUAUCGCUGGCCAAGAAAAACGGCUGUAUGGUGGCGCAGGUGACGAUGACUCUCCAGCUGAGCGGUAUCCGCGGGUACGCGCUGAACGGCCUCUUCACCCAGCUGCUUGGCCUGCACCAGUACCGCACCGCCAAGGAGAAGGAGGUGCACGUCAUGGACCACUUCAAGGACAAGCGUCUGGGCGAGGAUUUGUGUCUGCUAAACGACCUGCUGCAGCUGAAGCUCCCAGUCAGCCCAAAGAUAGCCCAGUCUGACGGGCCGACUCGAAAGAAGAUGACGACUGAGCUUCUCUGGUGCAUCCUCAAAGAGCACACGGAGAUGUCUGCGGGCGUGGUGUUUGGCAUCGACAACGCGCACUUUAUGGACGACACGACGUGGUCCUUCCUGGAGACCAUCUCGUCGACGGCCGACGCGGUGCUCUGCGUGCUGUCCAUGAUGCCGCCGUCGCCGCUGCACCCGCUGCCCGACAUGGCCACACAGACUCUGAAGUCGAAAGGCUUGACGCACGUCAGGAUGAAGGGCCUUGAGAACGAGUACCUGACCGCCCUCGCCUGUCAGAUCCUGGAGGUCAAGGGCGUCCCACACGAAGUGGUCAAGCUGCUGCAGGAGAAGUCGCACGGCAUCCCCGGCUGGUGCGAGCAGCUGCUCGGCGACAUGUUCCAGAACCAGUUCCUCCGGGUGCUGCCCAUCACCAGCAACGCCUCGCAGGACAAACACAAGCGGAUUGUGUUCGCCAACCCCACGCUCGUCACCAAACGCUCCAGUGUGCUGAGGACGGUGGCAGCCUCUGACAGCGUCCACGCCAGCAGCUCCGAGACCGCUGCCGCUGCCGCCGCCGCGGUCCCUGAGCAGUCGGAGAAGCCCCGGGCUCAGAUGAUGGCACGGCGCGAGUCCAGGGCCACCAAACCGUCCGCCGCUUCAGCCGAGGCGGAGUCACCGGACGGUCAGAAGAAGGACAAGUACAGGAAGAGAGCCAGUGUGUUCGACAAGCUGCUCGGUAGAGACAAACCGUUGCCGGACGUGGUGAUGCCCGAGAUCGCCAGCGUGCCGGAGGAGGAAGAGGAGGAGGCGCCGGCCGAGCACCCGCUCGUCAGGGCCUCCGGCUCCAACAUGAUCUGCGACCUGGCGCCCGGCAUAGUGUUCGCCAACAUACCCAUACCGGACACCAUGAGAGGUAUGAUGAUGGCCACGUUCGACAAGUUGAAGCCGUUCGAGCAAAUGUUUCUGAAAUGUGGCGCCAUUUUAGGGAACACAUUUGAGCGGCAGCUACUAGAGGCAAUCAUCCCAAACUUCCAGGCCCGGAAGGUGCGCUCGGCGAUGCGGCGGCUGUUCGAGCUGCGUAUUAUCAUGUGCGCCACUGCGCCUCCAAACCAGGAGGGGCACCACAACCAUCCCACCGCGCAGGUCACCUCAAAGAGCAUCGAGUGCCACUGUGACGUGCCGCCAAUCAUAGCUGCGCUGAAGAGUUCCGAGCCGCAGUACGUUCACUGUCAGCUGAUGAGGUUUGUCUCCGCCAUCAUGGAGGAGCUGGCCUACGAGACGCUGAUGGAGAAGCAGCGCCAGCACCUGCACCGGAACGCGGCGCUGCAGCUCGAGGGGCGCGCACACCGGUGUCGCAGCUGCGGCGGCGGCGGCUUCGAGCACGGCGGAACCACCCACUCGGAGGCGUUCAAGGUGUCGAUGCGCUCAUCGUCGAUGCUUCCCGUGCCUCAGAACCAGGAGCAGUCGACGCGCCGGUCGCGUCUCUACCAGAAUACCAAGGUGCAGCCCAAGGGCCGGGAGAGGAGCCAGGAUAUCUCCAUGCUGCCGGGAGGGUCGAUGCAGCGCUCCAAUCAGUCAUUUUCUAAGCAGCGGCGCCGCUCCCGUUCGUCGUCGAUGGCGCCCUCUGAGAGCGGUGACGAAGAGGAGAGCAGUAAACUGGACCGGCGCGCCUGCAAAUGCACCGAGAUCCUGGCCACCGUCUACCCGCAGCUCAUCCGACACUGGAAAAACGCCAACAUGGUGGGUAAGACGGUAUACUUCCUGAGCGCGGCCGGGGAGGCGGCCAUCACCCUGCAGGACAACAGCCAGGCACUCACCUACCUCCGAGAGGCGCAGAUCCUCGUCGACGAAAUGAAAACAGGCGCACGUCCUCUGCCUGAUCCUGACGACGGUGACGUCAUCCCGGUGUGGUGGCAGGACGCCAAGGUGGAGAACCUGAUGGGUCAGGCCUACCUCCGCAUGGGCAUGCUGGAGGACGCCCUCUCGCACCUCAGGGAAGCACUGGAGAUGCUGGAGAUAUCGUUCCCCACCCGGGUGAACAUAUUUCACAUAUGGACAGCGGAGCUCACCCAGUUCCUACACCAACUGAUGCCGGCACAUUAUCUCGGCUCUGUGGACCAGGAGAUGGCGCCCAUCAAGGUGGAGGCGGCCAACUGCCUGAAGCACCUGACGGACGUGUUCCACCUCAAACACAACGAGUCGGUCUGCUACCUGGCCGCCCUGAUGCAGCUCAACAUCGCCGAGGCGGCCAGCACCGACUUCGACGAGCUCAUCAUGGCCUACUCCAGCAUCAUACAGGCGUGCAUGGCUCGCGGCCGACUGCGGCAGGCCUCCUAUUACUCCAGCAUGGCGGUGGCCAAGCUGGAGGCGCUCUUCAACAUGAUGCAGGAGGAGGACUUUGCCACGGCGGCCAGCCUCUACACCAUCGUUCUGAGGAUGAAGCUGGCCUCCGGCGAGCUAUACGAGGCGCUGGACAACGGCUACAUAGCACUGCGUAUCAACCGCCGGAUCCACGACGGUGAGGCGGAGCUGGCGUCUGCGCAGCUGCUCUCGCAGUGCCUGCUGCUGCAGCUGGCCGUCCAAGAGCUGGUCGACCUCUCUCGCAGGGUGAUGUUCAUCGCAGAGGAGGGAAGUCACGUGCUGGGGAAACACUGGUACUACCUUGGGUGUCUGGAUACGCUCAUCGAGGCAGGGUUCAGUAUCGAGGACAUCGGCACAUGUGUGUCGUUUGUGCGCGACACGUACUCUGACCCCUCCGUCCGCACCGAGCGCGAGGCGCAGUUCUACGCGGCCGCCACGCUGGCACUGUGGUACGCGCGAACCGACUCCUGGGUCGAGUGCGACCGCUGGAUCGCCGUCGCCGAGGAGGUGAAGCCGGUGAAGGCUCGCUGCGUGGUCACCGUGCACGGCCUCUGUAAGCUGCUGGAGACGCGCCUGAUCCGGCUCUGUGAGACCAUCGUGGAGCAGCUGUACGAGGAGACGGAGAAGGACGAGCCCGUGGUGCGCCAGUAUCUCAAGGAGCUCGACAAGGCAGUCGAGUUCCACAAGGUCUUCAAACCCAGGUACCUGCACAUGCGGGCGUACUUCUGCAUGUUCACCGGUAAGACGGACAAGGCGUUCCGUCUGCUGAAGGAGGCGGUGGUGAUGGCCGACCGCCUCACCAACGUGCUGGACCGAGAGUGGGCCAAACACUCGCUAUACGUUUGGUUCGAGGAGGUCUCCGAGUUCGUGAUGACCUUCUGGCUGCGUCACAGCAUCCAGGGCGAACUGGACUGGCACGACGCCAAGAACAUCGCCCAGUCCAAGAUCAUGUACACGCUGCCCACGCCAGAGUACAAGUCCAUGCUGACCGGCACCAGCUAGGGUCGGUAGAGACGGACUGAGCUGGGGGCUGACUGGGGAACCGGGAUAUACGGGGCAGUGUGCGCCAAGGCGGCGAUAGCACGAAACUGAAGGAUUUAUGUAGACACAAGACAGCAAGGAUUUUGUAAGACUGGUUAUGCUCAUGUUGACCUGAUCGCCUUCCUCAUAAGAAUAGUACAGAUACUCUACAGCAAGACGUAAGCCGGGAGUUACAUAGUUAAGCUCAAGCGCACCAUAGCCGCUAUGCUGCAGUCGCAGGUCAGCCGUCGGGCUUCUCGUAAGUGUUAGAUGUAAACGAAUCAUUAUGUUAGACUGUUGUGUACGCAAAGAAUUAAUAAACGAGUGUAACAUGAUGAA